ACUUUGAUCGACACCUUUUAAAUUAAGGAACUACAAAUAAUAUCUUUUUUUUCCAACACUUGUCCUAUUUUUUUCAUGACAUUAUUUGAAGGGCCCUCACUUGUCGUCUUUUUAUUUUUUUUUUUGACAGGAGCCCUCACUUGUCUUACAUUUAUUCACUAAAAUUUUCUAAAAAGUGAUAAUCCAUUACAAUUACUGAACAGUACACUAUACGUCAUACUCAACCACCAAAAAUACUUCUUUAUGCAUAGUGUUGCUUACUUACUUCACUACCAUCAGUGUCUUCAAUCUUUAUUCAAGCUACUAAAUUUCAAUGGCAAAAUUUCACAAAAAUCCAAUCUUUUUCCUUCACAUUCUCAUCUUUUUCCAUCAAUUCGAUGUUCUUAUUUCCCAACCCACACAUUCUCCUAUUCUUAAUUGCCUCAACAAUCAGAAAAUCACCAACUUCACUUUACACCCAACUUCUAAUCACCAUUCUUCUCUUCACUACAAUCACCUUCUCAAAUUCUCUCUCCAAAAUUUGAGAUUUGCUAGUGAGUCAACCCCCAAACCAACGGCUAUAAUUAUACCUGACACUAAAGUGCAGCUUAUCAACUCUGUGCUCUGCUGCAGAAGAUCCGCCCUCGAUAUCAGGAUCAGGUGCGGCGGACACAGUUAUGCUGCUUGGGUGGAAGGUGGUGCCACACUGGGGGAAUUAUACUCUGCUAUUGCAGACCACAGUAGUUAUUAUGGAUUUCCUGGUGGAGUGACCCCCACAGUUGGUGUGAGUGGUCAUUUUUCUGGUGGUGGGAUUGGGGUUAUGGGCCGGAAGUAUGGGCUUUCAGCUGAUAACAUAUUGGAUGCUGACCUAGUUGAUCCUGAUGGAUAUGUUUUGGGCCGGGCUGAGAUGGGUGAGGAGGUGUUUUGGGCCUUACGAGGCGGCGGUGGCGGAAAUUGGGGGGUUGUUUAUAGGUGGAAAGUCCAACUAGUUCAUGUCCCUAAGAAAGUCACUUGUUUCUUUGUUACUAAACAAGCCCCAAUUAAUGAGUUGGCUAAACUAGUAUACAAAUGGCAAUUUGUUGCCCCAUAUAUGGAUGAUAGUUUUCAUAUCUCAAUUUAUCUUACUGCUAGCACGAGUAAAGAUGUGUAUCUUACAUUCUUAGGUUUUUAUCUAGGUUCGAAACUUGAGGCAAUCAAAAUAAUUGAUCGACAGUUUUCUGAGCUAAAAAUUCGCCAAGAAGAGUACCUCGAAAUGAGUUGGGUUGAGUCUGUUUUAUUCCUCUCCGGUCUUCCUAAAGGAAGUACCACACGUGAUUUCAAAUCGCGAUAUUGGUCAAGUAAAUCCUACAUAAAGACCAAGUCCGACUAUGUUAGGGAGCCCGUCUCGAUCGAGGGCCUAACGGGUGCUCUCGAAAUGGUGGCUCUAGAGCCUAGAGGGCUUUUCCUCUUGGACCCUUAUGGAGGAAUUAUGGAUCAGAUAAGCAGUGACUCGAUUGCAUUUCCUCAUCGAAAGGGGAACAUAUAUAACAUCUUGUAUGCCUUACUUUGGGGAGAGGGCGAUGACGAAGAUAGGUGUUUGAGUUGGAUCAAUAGGUUUUAUGAUUAUAUGACACCUUUUGUAGCAUCUAACCCUAGAGCAGCUUAUGUAAAUUAUAUAGACCUUGAUCUUGGAAUAACGGAUUUUGCCAAUAGUAAUGACAAUAUUGUGGAGAAGGCAAGAGCUUGGGGGGAGAAAUAUUUCUUGGGCAACUAUGAUAGAUUAGUGAAAGCAAAGACCAUUAUUGAUCCACAGAAUGUAUUCCAUCAUCAACAAGGGAUCCCCCCUUCAAAUGUAAAAACUCAUGAUGAGCUAUAACUACAAUAUAUUAUGGCAUGAUAUAAGAAUCCAAUGUUGUGGAGAUCAUACACGAACACGGUGUUGUUUUAUUCAUUGUCUUCCUUGUUGAUUAGCAGAAUUAUUAAAGCAUAACUAAGAUCACGUCUAAUCUAUAUAUCUAUUAAAAAAACUAAUAUGAACCCGGUGCAUACUAAUUAGUGUGCACCCGAUGCAUAUCACGUGAGUUUAGGAUAGUGUAUGUUAAAAUGAUAUAGUAUAUGUUAAAAUGAUAUAGUGUACCUAUAUAUCUAUUUUUGAUAUAGUAUAUCUAUUUUUGAUAUAGUGUA